UUCCGCCUCAGCAGCAACCUCGCCCAGCCGGCAGCCCAGCUAGCGCAGCCAAUUUUUGGAUUUAGUAAAUAACCGCCCGCCCGCCGCCUAAUUGCAACGGCAAGUCGGCAACCCAUUCAAUUCAAUUCGUUUUCUCCCCCCCAAUCCGGGAUCCCCAAAUCCUUGCCAACCGCCGCCGCCCGCCGGUCGCCUCGAUCCCCGCCGCCCGCCCGCCCGCCGGUCGCCUCGAUCCCCGCCGCCUCGCAGCGCAUCCACCCCGCCCACCCGGAAGCAUGAUGACAACGACGGUACAGAAGCGGACCAUGUCCAGCCUGCUCCGCCGCGCUCUGGAGGCGGCCCUCCCACCUCCCACCAAGAAGUCGACGGGGAGUCGGGCCUUGGUGGAUGUGGUCGCCGAUCGACUGUUCAAGGCGCUACCGCGGCCCCACGACGCCACGCUCACGUUGACGAAGACCGAGGCGGAGCGGGAGGACUUCGUCCGCGACCGCCGGUCACGGUACUUCAACCCAUAUGAGCAACUCUUCGUCUUCAGACGCGUGGCCACCCAGCCGUGGGACGAGGCGUGGAGGAAGAACCCCCUCGUCCUCCACGAUGUAGAUCUGGUACACGCUUUCCACUUCCCGCCCUAUGUGGAGGCGGAGCCCCAUGAUCAAGUCGAGAAUGUCACGAAGAUCUUGACCAACCACCCGGGGCCCGUCGACUGCCUCCGGGUGGAUGCGUCCAUCUUCCCGCCGCCGGAGCUCCUAGGGCAGUGGAUGGAUAUGCUGUCACUCAAAGGUGUGAGGGAGCUGGUGAUGCUGGAUGUGUAUUCCCCUUCCUCGUCAGUGGCCGCUCCCUUGGAGUUUCCAUUGACGCGUCUGCGGAGCCCAGCCCUCAGUACACUAUCACUGGGAUUUGUCACGGUGAGAUUCGGCACCUGUUUUGGGUUUUCUGAGUUGAAGAAGAUUUUCUUGGUGUGUUGCCAGUGCUCCGCAAGAGAUUUGUCCGAGUCAGUGGAGAAGCUUGAAAAACUGACAAGUCUCUUGAUCUGUGGCACUGAUCUUGGGGAUGGGGGAGCCGGCGCCGGCGCAAGAGAAGGGAAUCUUGAGAUUGUCUCCGAGUCCCUGACAAGGUUAGAGUUAAUUGAAUGCAAAGCUUGUGCCCUCACCAUUCGCCACGCACCCAGCGUGGAGUUGUUGUCGGCCGGGGUGUCGUCGUCGCAGAUGAAGAACCCAAGGGUGAGGUGGCCGAGGAUGGAGAGGGCCACCACACCAGUGCGGAUCAAAUUGAUCCAGGCCGAGUCUCUCGAGGUCAUUGAGGGUCUCAUGCUAUCUGAGCAGAGGGUUUCGUUCCCGGGUGGCCAGCUUUUCAAGGUGCACACCCUGAAGGCGACCCUGAAAAUGCAAGUGUUGCAGCAGUGGAAACACUUGUUCGACGUGGUAGCACAUCUACCUGUCCUUAGGAGCUUGGAAUUGACAAGAGACGACGACUUCUGCGCUGAUGAGGAGGUGGAGCUGCCCAUGCCGGCCUGCUUCGGGGACUCCCUCCGGCACCUGCGUCUGAACGGCUACAGAGCCAGCGGUGCAUAGGUGGCUCUGGUGACAAAGAUUCUAGCCACUGCUGCGCAACUCCUCUCCGUGAGCCUUUACCCACAUGAUAGCAUAGAGGACCGGGCCUUCGCACAUUACAAAUUUCUAGGCUCCCCGCGCCUGUCCUCUGCUGCUCGGCUACAAUCAUGCCAAUCGUUCGAGUAGCUCCGAUGCUCAUUUGCUACUGACCAUGCAUUUUCAUAAAUUCUCGUCUUGUGCGUCGACGGUUGCGGCAUAUUGCUGUUAGGGGUGCAUCAGUUCACAAGAAAUUUCUGUAUGGCUCAGUUUGUUUGCUUCCAGUUACUAGUGUUUUCACGGUACUACCAUUACCAAACAUACCAUUCUUUUGAGUGCUAUUUCGUGCUUAUUCUCAUUGGAGAGCUCUACAG